CCCCCCGCCCCCGGCCCGCAGGCGCCGCCGCCAUUUUGCUGCUCAGUCCCUGCUGGGUCCGGGCGCGGCGGUAGCGGCGGGAGCUGCUCCUGAAAGGAGGUUUGUUUGACCUCGCUCGGGGCCCCCCGCGCCCCAAGACCGGCCUAUAGUGCGACAUGUCCGGAGAGGGGAGCGCCGGCGACCAGACUGCUGAAUAUGUCCCAGAAAAAGUGAAGAAAGCUGAAAAGAAACUAGAAGAAAAUCCAUAUGACCUUGACGCUUGGAGCAUUCUCAUUCGAGAGGCACAGAAUCAGCCUAUAGACAAAGCACGGAAGACCUAUGAACGCCUUGUUGCCCAGUUCCCCAGUUCUGGCAGAUUCUGGAAACUGUACAUUGAAGCAGAGAUUAAAGCAAAAAAUUAUGACAAAGUGGAAAAGUUAUUUCAGCGAUGCCUUAUGAAGGUUUUACACAUUGAUUUAUGGAAAUGUUACCUUUCCUAUGUACGAGAAACCAAGGGGAAGCUGCCUAGUUACAAAGAAAAAAUGGCUCAGGCAUAUGAUUUUGCUCUGGAUAAGAUUGGCAUGGAAAUCAUGUCAUACCAGAUCUGGGUGGAUUACAUCAAUUUUUUGAAAGGCGUAGAAGCAGUAGGAUCCUAUGCAGAGAACCAGAGGAUAACAGCUGUCCGUAGGGUUUACCAGCGUGGCUGUGUGAAUCCAAUGAUAAACAUAGAGCAGCUCUGGAGAGAUUAUAACAAAUACGAAGAGGGCAUCAAUAUUCACUUAGCUAAGAAGAUGAUCGAGGACAGGAGUAGAGAUUAUAUGAAUGCACGACGCGUUGCAAAGGAGUAUGAGACAGUGAUGAAAGGCCUGGACCGCAACGCUCCCUCUGUCCCUCCUCAAAACACCCCCCAGGAGGCUCAGCAGGUGGACAUGUGGAAAAAGUACAUCCAGUGGGAAAAGAGCAACCCACUGCGAACAGAAGAUCAAACUCUUAUAACAAAAAGAGUGAUGUUUGCUUACGAGCAAUGUCUUCUGGUGCUGGGACAUCACCCAGACAUCUGGUAUGAAGCAGCACAGUACCUCGAGCAGUCCAGCAAGCUACUGGCUGAGAAAGGGGACAUGAACAAUGCCAAACUCUUCAGUGAUGAGGCUGCUAAUAUUUAUGAAAGAGCGAUCAGCACUUUAUUAAAGAAGAAUAUGCUUCUUUAUUUUGCAUAUGCAGAUUAUGAAGAGAGUCGAAUGAAGUAUGAGAAAGUGCACAGCAUAUAUAACCGGCUCCUGGCUAUCGAAGACAUUGACCCCACCCUGGUUUAUAUCCAAUAUAUGAAAUUUGCAAGGAGAGCAGAGGGCAUAAAAUCUGGAAGAACGAUAUUUAAGAAAGCGAGAGAGGACGCCCGGACCCGCCACCACGUCUAUGUUACAGCAGCUCUGAUGGAGUAUUACUGUAGCAAGGAUAAGUCUGUGGCCUUUAAGAUUUUCGAGCUAGGGCUGAAAAAAUAUGGGGACAUUCCGGAAUAUGUGCUGGCAUAUAUCGACUACCUUUCUCACCUUAAUGAGGACAACAAUACAAGAGUUUUGUUUGAACGUGUUUUAACUUCAGGGAGCCUUCCACCUGAGAAAUCUGGUGAAAUCUGGGCUCGGUUUUUAGCCUUUGAAAGUAACAUUGGUGAUUUAGCCAGCAUACUGAAAGUUGAGAAGAGGAGGUUCACAGCAUUCAAGGAGGAAUAUGAGGGCAAAGAAACAGCUCUGCUGGUGGACAGGUACAAGUUCAUGGACUUGUACCCCUGCUCUGCUAGUGAACUCAAGGCCCUUGGUUAUAAGGAUGUCUCCCGUGCCAAGCUAGCAGCAAUAAUUCCAGACCCUGUGGUUGCACCUUCCAUUGUGCCUGUUCUCAAGGAUGAAGUAGACAGAAAACCCGAAUAUCCAAAGCCGGACACUCAGCAGAUGAUUCCAUUUCAGCCAAGACACUUAGCACCUCCAGGUUUACAUCCCGUCCCAGGUGGUGUAUUUCCUGUUCCACCAGCAGCUGUAGUUCUCAUGAAGCUCCUGCCACCUCCUAUUUGUUUUCAGGGUCCCUUUGUUCAAGUGGAUGAACUCAUGGAGAUAUUUAGAAGAUGCAAACUGCCAGACACUGUCGAUGAAGCUGUACGGAUCAUCACCGGCGGCCUGCCAGAAAUAGCUGUGGAGGGCAAUGGGCCUGUGGAGAACAGCACCAUCCUCAACAAGGCCGUGAAGAGAUCACAUGAGGAUUCUGAUGACGACGAGGAGAAAGGAUCCGUAGUUCCCCCUGUACAUGACAUUUACAGAGCACGACAGCAAAAGAGAAUCCGGUGAAACAAGUCUGGGGUUCUGCUGUGACAGACAAAGACUUGCAUUGAAUCAGUCUCUUAAAAGUCAAGCAUUUAAAAGGGACAGCUGCAAACAAAAAAAAAAAAAAAUCCUUGAAAAUGGUUUUGUUACUGUGGUGCCUCUUCUUCCAUAUGGUUCUUGAUCUGAAAACAGCCUGAACAACCUUAGAAUGUGCUCUGAACAAAACCAGGUUUUCAGAACCUGAAGUGAAAAAUGUCAAAACUGUAUUUUGUUCUUCGAGGGUGUUCACAUCUACCACUUGAAAUCUUGUGGGUUUUUUAACAGUUUUAUUUUAAAAACUGGAUGGCUUAUACUUGUGAAGCAUUUUUAAUUCACAUUUUCUGGAAAAGAGUUGUUCUCAGUUUGUUCAUGUAGUGUACUGCCUUAUUGUCCGUUUUUAUUUAUGGCAGAAUGUAAGAAAUCUGUUUUGUAGUUGAAAAUCGAAUAAAAACCAAAAAAACAUUCCUUUAAAAUAAAAGGAUGUCCAUAACUUCAUGCCUCAUUCUGGUUUUAUUCAAACACAACAAGGUACUUCUUAAAUAUUACUCAGCCACUUCAAAAGCAAUGCUAAUAAGACCGUCACAGGAAACUGGUCAGAGCAUACAUAUUAGAAUUAGCUUGUUUUCCAUUUUUCUAGAGGAUACAGUACACUUUUGCUUGUAAUUCCACGACUGUUUGAAGAAGACAGCAUCUUAGGACUAACUCAGUAUAUGUUUCAAAGGUAGGUUGUCCAGGACCACUGGCUAACAAAGGCUGGUCCUGGAUACCUGCACCGGUCUUCCACUGUAAGGUACAAAGCUAAAUGUUAAUAAUCAGCUACAUCGUUUCACUUGUUAUCUUCAAACAAGCUAAAAAAAAAAUACACUAUAUGAGCUUUCAAAGCAGUUUCUAUGUGUACUUGAGCUUUUAACUUGUAACUGGCUAUUCAGAAUGGCACUCUGAUAGGAUCUUAAGAACACCCUUGGACUACAGAACAUUCAGAUACUCGAGAAAGUUCAAGACGUUCCCAUCUCCAGCAGCACAGCUGCCUGUGGGUCAGUGCUUCUCUCUGCCAGGGGGAGAGGUGAACCCCGGAAAGGUUCAGGUGGAGGGAGGAACUGGCCUUAGCAAUCCUGGAAUUCCUUUCUUGCUCUGCUCCUCAGUUGUAUCUCCCUAUUUCUUUCUGUGAGGAUGUAGAGACACUGUUUGUCAGAUGCUCUGAUUAAAAAAAAACAACUCGGGAAAAUCAUUAAGGUGAUUUGCACUUGUGGGCAUUUCUUUACUGUUGGAAGGCUUGCAGCACCCACUCCCAGAGGCAUUUGUUCCCACUGUGUGUGCCCCCAGAAGUGAGACUGGAGCCAGAGGAGAGUACUGCACUCUUCUAUGGGUCUAUGUUUUUUUCCUAUAUUAAGACUUAGGAUCAAACCCCUCCUGUGAGGAGAGAUGGGAUUUACUGUAUCAACCCUGUGAGCAACACACGAGCACUGCUGGCAGCACAAUCCCUGCUGCAAUGUCAGGACACCUGGACCCUGAAUCCCAGAGCUGGGAGCAAUCAUUGAUAAUUCAGUCCCCUUCACUCUGCCGUCAGUUAUGUUGUUCAAGGGCUUUUUUUAGUGUCUCACUGUCCUGUUGUUCCUCCCCACAUCCUCGAGAUCGUCCCCUACGGCAUCUAACUUUGUGUAGUGUGUGUAAGUCCCAGGGGUUUUAAAGGCAGCUCCUAGGCAAUGCUAAAAGAUAAAAUAACAGCAGCAAAACUGAAAACAGCUUUGUCUUGUUACUUUGGUUACAUCUCCAGCCAUAAUGGCUCUGGCAGCUCGUUGUUACUCAGACUGUCGAAUUAACUUCUGUGGCUGCACUGAGAGGUGGGUCCUGCAGUAACAACAAAGCCCACUAAGCAGACACAGCAACCUUGAAGACCUCUCUAGCAUCCUUUGCUGAUGCAAACAAUGACACAGUCUACACCAAAAGCCUACUCAGAACCUUUUUUGUCUGGCUAACCAACCUACUCAUUUCUGAAUUGCCAAAGAUUCAAAGACAUUCAUUUCACUAUCUGAGUUUAUUUAGCCAAGAGAGAAAAAUCUGUCUGAAGUGGUAAACUCUUACAGGGUUUGGUGGUUUGCUUUUUUUUCCCUUGGGGAAAGGGGUUUGUAAUCAAUGAGAAAAAUUUGUUUUAGAGUUGCAUAGGCUAAUAUAGAAAAAAGGUCUUAUUUAUCUCGUCUUCCUCCAAAAUCAAAGUCAGUGCACCUCUAUCCACACUGAGAUUUAAAGGAAAACCAGAAAGGGAAGCAUCAACACUUAUUUAAAAUCAAGUGCUUCUAGAAGUUCUCAUACUUUGGUUGGCUAGUUGAUUCAUAAAUUAACCUGGUUGUUGGCAAUAAAAGGGCCCUUUUAUUUAUUUUACAUACCUUGUUGGUUGGUUUUUUUUUUUCAAAGACAUUCUGGCUUGGAUAGCUUAGUACUUGGACCACUUACUGUUUAUAGCUAUGAACUUUGCUUUUCUAAAACCAUCAAAUAUUGAUUACUGUAAUACACUGUUGUGCUCAACUAGAGGGAAAUUUCAGAUGCACUUACCUCCCAGCUGAGUCUGAAGCUGCAACGAGGCUGUAAGAUCACUGAGCUCUUCUGAGAACACUCAUCUACACAACACAUAGCUAAUGAAAUUCAAGGCCUAUAAAUAUUCUAAGUUCCAAGAACACCUCUACAAAGUGAAAAAAAAUCUACUGAAAAUAUUCCCUGUAUAUUCAAACUAAGUCAUUCACCUCUCACACUGCAUUAAAAUCACUUAUACUGCCCAUAGUGCUCUGCACUUCCUGGCUAUUUUUGAAGACAUGAUUGAAUAUGCAACCGUCUCCUGUUGUAGUUUUUUUUUUUAAAAAAAAACCCAUGUAAAUUUUCCAGCCUGAAGUUUCACACACUUUAAAUCCACCUUCUGAAA